AUGGAGUUGGCGAAUCACUUGAACGAUAGACUAUUAUUUGCUGUUCCUAAAAAGGGCAGAUUGUAUGAGAAAUGCGUUGAAUUACUUAGGGGAUCAGAUAUUCAGUUUCGAAGAUCCAGUAGAUUGGAUAUAGCUUUGUGCACUAACCUGCCCCUGGCAUUGGUUUUCCUUCCAGCUGCUGACAUUCCCACGUUUGUAGGAGAGGGUAAAUGUGAUUUGGGUAUAACUGGUAUUGACCAGGUUCAGGAAAGUGACGUAGAUGUCAUACCUUUAUUAGACUUGAAUUUCGGUAAGUGCAAGUUGCAGAUUCAAGUUCCCGAGAAUGGUGACUUGAAAGAACCUAAACAGCUAAUUGGUAAAGAAAUUGUUUCCUCCUUUACUAGCUUAACCACCAGGUACUUUGAACAACUGGAAGGAGUUAAGCCUGGUGAGCCACUAAAGACAAAAAUCAAAUAUGUUGGAGGGUCUGUUGAGGCCUCUUGUGCCCUAGGAGUUGCCGAUGCUAUUGUGGAUCUUGUUGAGAGUGGAGAAACCAUGAAAGCGGCAGGGCUGAUCGAUAUUGAAACUGUUCUUUCUACUUCCGCUUACCUGAUCUCUUCGAAGCAUCCUCAACACCCAGAACUGAUGGAUACUAUCAAGGAGAGAAUUGAAGGUGUACUGACUGCUCAGAAGUAUGUCUUGUGUAAUUACAACGCACCUAGAGGUAACCUUCCUCAGCUGCUAAAACUGACUCCAGGCAAGAGAGCUGCUACCGUUUCUCCAUUAGAUGAAGAAGAUUGGGUGGGAGUGUCCUCGAUGGUAGAGAAGAAAGAUGUUGGAAGAAUCAUGGACGAAUUAAAGAAACAAGGUGCCAGUGACAUUCUUGUCUUUGAGAUCAGUAAUUGUAGAGCAUAG